GCACAAGUUAACCUUACCCAUUAAUAAAAAUCACCAAACUUAGGGAGACACAACAAACUUAGGGUUCAUCAAUGUGAUUUGUUCUAACUCUCGAAUCUCAGCCUUUUUUUUGUUCAUCGAUUCUUCGUGUAUGGAUUCACCAUUUUGACGUUGUGGUGGGUAAGUGUGGGGAUUCACAGUGUUUGUUUUCCAGUGCAUACAUUCAUAGCUUUUGUUGGUCUCAAUCCACCGUAAACAACCGCAAUCCUCUUCUUUACACGAGUAGCUCUCCAUCGGCGGUUUUUCAAGAUAGAUUUCAGAAGAAAUCUUUACUUCAAGCUUUAAAGAGAGACUUGAGUUAGUUCCUACUUUUAGACUGUAAGUUCAUAGUAUGAGUACAUGUUCAUAAAUAAUUAUUUUCUUAUACUUUUAUGGGAAUGAUUUUUGAAUUUUCCAUGGUUAAAACCCUAAUAUCUAGUUAGAAGAUCUUAAUACUUUGUUCAAACCAUGGGCAGUGGUAUGUCUUCGUCUUUGGUCCAGUAAGGUUUGACUUGUGUUUUUGUCGUGUCUUUUGGAAGAUUUUGCAAUGAUGGAAAAAUGGACCUCGAACAAACUGUCAAAGAUCUCCAGGCUCAGAAUGCUCAACUCCAGGAGAUGAUCUUGAACUUAUCCAAGGGGCAGGAGGAACUGAAGACUCUCUUGCUCAAGAAGAAAAAGGACAAGAAAUCUGUGAGGCACAUUAACCCGGGAAGAAGGCAAUUUACGAAGAUCAAUAUGACUUUAGCACAAGCACUGCAGGGUAUGCUAAAAGUAAAUUUAAUUACCCUCAGAGAUCCUCCUGCAAAACCCAACACUACUUCUCCUCGUUAUAAUCCCAACGCCAGGUGUGCCUAUCACUCCGAUAGCCCCGGGCAUGAUACGAAUGAUUGCUGGUCGCUGAAGAACAAGAUUCAGGAUAUGAUCGACGCUGGGGAAUUUGAAUUUGAUCCUCUGGAUAUUCCUAAUGUCAUCACUGCUCCUAUGCCCGAUCAUGACAAGACUGUUAAUGCUGUAGAAGAUGUGAAUAACGAUUGCAACUUGGAUAAUUGGAAGGCUGAAGACACUAUUCCAACUUCCUUUAGUCAGGAGUAAUUGUUUGUUGUUUAUUCAAUGUAUCAAAUUUGGUUAAAUGUUUUGUCAUUCUCAUAAGCAUAUUCAUAUUCAAUAAAUCAAUGGACUUUUUGCAUUCAAAUAUUGCGCUCUUUAUCUUUCCUGUCAUUUUUCAAAUAAGCUAUGCUUUCUUGCACACACUCACGUAACAAAUUGCGUAUCCACAUCCACUCUGGAUCCUGUUGAUAAUAGUUCUGCUACUGUUCAUUAUGACUUCGAAAAUCCGAUCUACCAAGCCGAAGAUGGAAGUGAGGAAGAUUGUGAAGUACCUGAAGAACUUGCCAGACUGUUACUGAAAGAAGAAAGGACUAUACAGCCGCAUGAGGAGUCAAUUGAAACUGUCGAUCUGAGUACUAAAAGUAGACAAGAAAGAAGUCAGAAGCCUCUUGGGGCACUUGAAUUACAUUGCCCGGUUUAUAUCCUACUUGAUUGCUACUUGCAAACCUAUCUUCAAAUUACUGAGGACAGUCAAGAGAUGAUGAAUGUCAGGAAACUUUUGAUAAAAUCAAGAAGUGUCUCCAAGAACCUCCAAUUCUGACACCACCAGUUGAAGGAAGACCUCUAAUCAUGUAUUGACCGUGUUAGAAAAUCCAAUGAGGUGUGUUGGGGCAACAUGACGAGUCUGGUCGAAAAGAGCAUGCCAUAUACCGCCUUAGCAAAAGGUACCGACUGUGAAACAAGAUACUCAUAGCUCGAGAAAGCUUGCUGCGCUUUGGCUUGGGCUGCUCGCCGACUAAGACAGUACAUGUUGAAUCAUACCACUUUAUUGAUUUCUAAGAUGGGUUCUAUCAAAUAUCUAUUCGAGAAACUUGUUGUCUCCUGAAAGAGUUAUCACUGAUAAUAGUGCUAAUUUGAACAACAAGACGGUUACUGAACUCUGCACGCGGUUCAAAAUAAAACACUCUAAUUCUUCUCCGUACCGGCCAAGGAUGAACGGCGCCGUGGAGGCUGCUAACAAUGUCCAGAAGCUUAUACAAAAGAUGACAGUAAUGUACAAAGACUGGCAUGAGAUGUUACCAUUUGCUUUUCAUGACUAUCGCACUUCAGUACGCACUUCGACAGGGGCAGCUCCGUUCUCUUUAGUCUAUGGAAUGGAAGCCAUCUUACCAGUGGAAGUUCAGAUUCCCUCGCUAAGAAUCAUGAAAGAGGCGGGCUUAGAUGAAGAGGAACGGAUUCAGACUCGACUCGAUCAGAUAAAUUUGAUUGAAGAGACUCGCGGCUGUUUGUCAUAGGCAGAUAUAUCAGAAACGCAUGACCCAGGCAUUCAACGAAAGGGUCAAGCGACAAGUGUAUCAAAUUGGCGACUUGGUAAUCAAGCGUAUCGUGCUACCGCAAACUGAUCCCAGAGGCAAAUGGACUCCCACGUACAAAGGGCCAUUUGUAGUUAAGAAGGUAUUCUCUGUUGGAGCCAUGAUACUUGCUACAGUGGAUGACGAAGAUUUCCCGCAUCCCGUGAACGCGGACAUAGUUAAAAAAUACUACGCAUGAAAAAGACCCGCUAGAUCGACGUAUCUAGGCAAAAGUAAGGGCAUCCCGGCGAACCGAAAGGGUUCGGGCAAAAAUUAGGGAUAUAUAUAAAAAAAAUGUACACCCGGCAAGUCGAAAACCUGAAAAGGUGGUUUGGGCAAAAAAGGGUAUCCUGGUGGACUGAAAACCUGAAAAGGCGGUCCAGGCAAAAAUUAGGGAUUAAAGCGUAUGACUAUGUCCCGUUCUCAGUCAACUUUCAUCCAAGUUCAAGGGAUUGACCAAGCCAAUCACUUCUAUCCGACAGCAGGGGAUGAGAUGCUUGAAGACAUAAUGGCAGUAGUAGACUUAAAAUCAAUAGGACUUUUUCUGCAUAGCUUUCUCUUUGUUUUUGACAAUUUCCUCUUACUAGGAUUUCUGUCUCCUUGUACACAAAUUGCCUGUUUAUAGGCCUUCUUUCAAAAUCAAUACAACCUUCUUUCAAAAGAUGCUUUUGUUUUUUUUCUUUUUCUGUUUUGUUUGCGUAAACGUCCAUUGAUUUAAUUUGAAUUAAUAUAUGCAUUUGAAUAUGACCAAUGUUUACCAAAAUACAUGCAUAGAAUAGCAAUAACAAUUACUACAAGACUUCAGGAUCGAGGAUAAGGUCUAACCAUGCUUCCAAUGAAUCCGCUACCAAUUCUCUUCCCCAGCAAGCCUAUUUUUCCCAGAAGAAAUUGGCAGUAUUCCCCGGCACAGCCAGCUAUUCCCCAACAGAGGUCGGCAUCGCCAGACAGGCUGAUCAUCUCAUCCAUCUCCAGCCCGACUCUGCUGAAUAUUUCCACCAUCAGACAUAAAUCAAGCAUCCCCAACCGAGAAAGGGUCAUCGACACAAAUGUCUCAAAUCAGUAGAUGGGGAUUUAUUUUCCCCAGUAGAGUCCCCAAGCAGAACUUCUCAUACGCAUAACUCAUUCAUUACAUCAUUUCACAGCAUACGCAUGCAUACAACAUUCGCAUUUAUUUUCGAAAGCAUAAAACAUCUCAUGAAUCAUGACAUGGCAUAAAGCUAACUUUUCUUUGCAGGUUAAUUAUCCUCCUGAUAUAGUCAAAGUAAAAGGCUCAUUCAGGCAGACGCCUUUAUCAAUCACAGACAAGAUUCAGAUACAUAUUCCAGAUGCAAUUCAUGGGAACAUUCAUUUUGACAACACCUCGAUAUCCUCCUAGCGAUGACAUCUUUAAGCCCAUCCCAGACAUUUAUUGCAAGUACAACGUAUACAGAUACAGCCUAACAUACGGUUCAUUCUGAUUCAGCUCAACAUAUGACUCCUUCAACUCAGAUACGAUCUAGCAUACGAUCCAUUCUGACCCUCAACAACUCAGAUACGAUCUAGCGUACGAUCCAUUCUGACCUUCUUCAACUCAAGUACAGUCUAAUGCACGACCAAGUUAGACCUUCAUCUGACCAGAUGCUACCUUCGGACAGGUACAUUUCUGGAUGAUAGUCCAGUAUACGGCUGCUCCCUUUCCCAGAUGCUACCUUCGGACAGGUACAUUUCUGGAUGAUAGUCCAGUAUACGGCUGCUCCCUUUCCCAGAUGCUACCUUCGGACAGGUACAUUUCUGGAUGGUAGUCCAGUAUACGGCUACUCCCUUUCCCAGAUGCUACCUUCGGACAGGUACAUUUCUGGAUGGUAGUCCAGUAUACGGCUACUCCCUUUCCCAGAUGCUACCUUCGGACAGGUACAUUUCUGGAUGGUAGUCCAGUAUACGGCUACUCCCUUUCCCAGAUGCUACCUUCGGACAGGUACAUUUCUGGAUGGUAGUCCAGUAUACAACUACUCCCUUACUCAGAUGCUACCUUCGGACAGGUACAUUUCUGAAUGGUAGUCUAGUAUACGGCUACUCCCUUUCCCAGAUGCUACCUUCGGACAGGUACAUUUCUGGAUGGUAGUCCAGUAUACGGCUACUCCCUUUUCCAGAUGCUACCUUCGGACAGGUACAUUUCUGGAUGGUAGUCCAGUAUACGGCUACUCCCUUUCCCAGAUGCUACCUUCGGACAGGUACAUUUCUGGAUGGUAGUCCAGUAUACGGCUACUCCCUUUCCCAGAUGCUACCUUCGGACAGGUACAUUUCUGGAUGGUAGUCCAGUAUACGGCUACUCCCUUUCCCAGAUGCUACCUUCGGACAGGUACAUUUCUGGAUGGUAGUCUAGUAUACGGCUACUCCCUUUCCCAGAUGCUACCUUCGGACAGGUACAUUUCUGGAUGGUAGUCCAGUAUACGGCUACUCCCUUUCCCAGAUGCUACCUUCGGACAGGUACAUUUCUGGAUGGUAGUCCAGUAUACGGCUACUCCCUUUCCCAGAUGCUACCUUCGGACAGGUACAUUUCUGGAUGGUAGUCCAGUAUACAGCUACUCCCUUUCCCAGAUGCUACCUUCGGACAGGUACAUUUCUGGAUGGUAGUCCAGUAUACAGCUACUCCCUUACUCAGAUGCUACCUUCGGACAGGUACAUUUCUGAAUGGUAGUCUAGUAUACGGCUACUCCCUUUCCCAGAUGCUACCUUCGAACAGGUACAUUUCUGGAUGGUAGUCCAGUACACGACUACUCCCUUUCCCAGAUGCUACCUUCGGACAGGUACAUUUCUGGAUGGUAGUCCAGUAUACGGCUACUCCCUUUCUCAGAUGCUACCUUCGGACAGGUACAUUUCUGAAUGGUAGUCUAGUAUACGGCUGCUCCCUUUCUCAGAUGCUACCUUCGGACAGGUACAUUUCUGGAUGGUAGUCCAGUAUACGGCUACUCCCUUUCCCAGAUGCUACCUUCGGACAGGUACAUUUCUGGAUGGUAGUCCAGUAUACGGCUACUCCCUUUCCCAGAUGCUACCUUCGGACAGGUACAUUUCUGGAUGGUAGUCCAGUAUACGGCUACUCCCUUUCCCAGAUGCUACCUUCGGACAGGUACAUUUCUGAAUGGUAGUCUAGUAUACGGCUACUCCCUUACUCAGAUGCUACCUAGUGUACGGUACAUUUCUGAAGUGUAGUCUAGUGUACGACUACCCCUUUCAUCAUCAGAUUCAGCCUAACGGACGACUCUCUCUUCAACUCAGAUACGAUCUAGCGUAUGGUCCAUUCUGAUCCUUUAUCCCCAACAGCAUAUGACACACUCCGACUCCCCAGCGAAGUCGGCAGCCUAAUGGAUGACUCAUUAUUCGGUCUAAUGUACGACCCAGUGUGGCACCCAUGUCUUCAAAUUGGCCUAAUGUACGGCUCGAUCUGAAGCUUUCGUCAUCAAACCUCCCGGAUGGCAUCUUUAAGCCCAUCUCCAUCAAGACCAACUGUCGAUUCUCAAGUACAAAUUUUUGGGGCAUUCUAGUGUUCAAUAAUCUUCCACCUCCAGACCACGAAUGGCAUACACGCCAUCCUAACUCUCUCGGUUCAAGAAUAUUGAACAGGGGCAGCUGUCAUACCCCAAAAUUUACCCAUCUUUUUUUCCUGGAAAAAAAAAAAAAAAAAAACGAAAAAAAAAAAAAAAAAUUUAAUUAAUUAAUUAAUUAAUUAAUUAAUUAAUUAAUUAAUUAAUUAAAUAAUUAAAAUAAAUAAAUAAAUAAAAUAUAACAAAUUAUUUUGGACUUGGGUCUCCCUCAUUCCAAGCCCAUUACCCACGAAAUUAGUCUAUAAAUACUGAAGUUUCAGUAGAGGAAAGGACUUGGAGUUAGACUGGGAGUUUACACUGGGAGAUUCACUGGAGAAAGAAGGAAGAGAAGCAAAACACUCUGAGGUUUCCUUGGAACAAAACCUUGAGGAAAAAGAAAGAGAGAGAACAGAGAAGGACGGAUAGAAACUUUGGCAUAGGAACCCUGCCAACUCGGAGAAUUCAGAGUAAAGAAACCCUGAAGGCAGCUCAUCCGCCCCGAAGCCAUCGCCGCCCAAUUCCCGCCGCCUAACUCAUUCCGAUACCACAAGUGGUCAAUCCCUUCAACCUUGAAUUGGCAAACAGGUUUGCGUAUCUCUAUUGUUUAUACUUUCAAUUGGCCAUAUCUACACAUAUAAUGCAUCAUGAUUAAAUGUUGAUAUAUAAUUUGCUUUCGUAUGUGAAGUUAAAUAUGCCUGAAUACCCUGAAUGUUUGACCAUGCUGUUCCUGUGAUAAAAUGCCAUAAAGUUCAAGGUUCCUAACAUGGGGCUGUUUUUUCUCAAAAUUCAAAAUCCGUGGCCGUUCGCCUGACCUUCGCUCGGCGAGGCAGAGGCGAACGAGACAAUACCUGAUUUUUCUAGUCUGUUUUUUUUAUGUUUUAUCAUAGCCAUGCAUUAUUCAUCCUAUCCUAUUUACUGUUGCGAUAUUUUUCCGGUGUAAUCUUCGAUUGCACCCUGAUUUGGUAUUCUGACAUGUUUCUUUUUGAGUUUCGAAAAGGUUCACAUAUCCCAGGAAAAGGUUAUUGGCUAGGUAUUCCACUUUAUUUGUGGGAUACCCUUGUGGAGUUUCACCCUAAAUUAAUUUUUAAUGUAUUAAUUUCUAAUGUAUUAAUUUUUUAAUAUAUUAUUUUUAAUAAUUUUAAUGUGGAGUUUCAUCCUAAUUAUAUAAUUAAUUGUAAAACUUUGCCUUUGAAUAAGUGAUCUUGGACCUCUCUUUGUUGUCUUACGAUUACGAUAUUACGGUCAUGUCCCGCGAACGUGGGGAUACCCUUAGCAAAGACCCUUCGGUUAAAUCAUCAUAAAAUAAAUUAUAGUCCCUCGGAUGUUGCCUUCGAAUAUACAACUUUGUCCCUCGAUGACCCUCCGAUGUUGCCUACGGUUAAAAGAUGAUAGUCCCUUCGAAUGCUAAGGUAUCCUCGUAAUUGUUGCCUUCAAUGACCAAUCGAUGACCCUACGAUGACCCUUUUACAUCCAAAGGAUAAAACUACUUAUUUCUCAAUAAUAAGGACAGUUUUACCCUCAUAAGGAUAGGAAAUACUCAUAAAGACCUUGGGUCGGCAUAACUCUUAAUUGCUGGCUCACAACCUAAAACAUUUUUUUCACACCUCACACCUUUCAAAAUAUCUUCAGAAAAUCACCACUUGGUAUACAUUCAUACUAGAAUCAUUACCGAGUUAUAUUUUUCUAAACAAUUUUCAAAACUAAACGAGAUAAUCACUUUGUAUACAUUCAUACAAGAAUCAUUACAAAGUUAAAUUCUCUUUUCAAAAAAACAAUUUUUCUAAACAAUUCACAAACACUUUUUUCAGACAAAAAUAAUAUAAGUGAUCGAGCAAUUAAGAGCCCAUGGAUAACCAUGGAUACAAAGGGUGCUAACACCUUCCCUUUGUAUAAUGUACCUCCCGAACCCAAAAUCUAAAUUAAGGUCUUUCCUGUUCUUUUCCACCUUUCCUUAUUGGAUAAAAGAAAAGUCGGUGGCGACUCUUGCUAACCGCGACAUUGCGAUUAAAACCACAAAAAAGUCCAGUUCACCGUAUGACAGAACUGGCGACUCUGCUGGGGAAUAUUUAAAAAGAGAGGUUACCUUAAAAACAAGAUCACUUAUUCAAUUUGUCUGAUUUAUUUUUAAGGGAUUGCUUGGGUAUGUUAUGCUUGAGUGAAAGAUCCUACACCCGGAUCUAGUGUACCUUAGGUAAGUAGCAAGAGAUCAUCGCGGCUGUCCGGCGUAUACUGGAAUGGUCAAAAUGAUGGCUACGGUUAAUGUGGCACUUUGGAUGUCCUGAUGUUCCUCAUGUUAGUUGAGGAAAUAUUUGGCAUUCGCGUGGUGUCAUAAAAGCAUUAACCAGACCUUUAGAACCCUAAUUGACUAAUCCUGGCCAUUAGAAAGUAGUGAGAUAACUGGCUUCGGUUCCGACUGGAGUUGGUUGAGACUCGAUACUACACUCUUUGAGAUUGGACUUUAGGGAAGCUUCGGUCAACCACUUGGUGUUGCACUGAAGUGGACUUAAGGAAAUGUCAAUGAUUUGAGAUCCUUCUAGAACCCGGUUACUAUUCUAAGACAGGUUGAACCCACCAAACUUCAGUGGGGAGGGUACUUACCUAUGGAACUCAUGCAAGCCUUAAAACCUAGGAAUGAUUGUUGUAUGACUUGCUUAUGCUUGUUAUUUGUUUAAUAUCAUAAUAUCAUAACAUCAUAACAUCAUAACAUCAUAACAUCAUAACAUUAUGACAUUGCACUAAUCACUUCGAGGACUUAGGGAUUUAACUUGGCUCUAUUUUGUAAGGCUAUGGCUCCCAGGAAGACUAUCCGGAUAAAUUUUGUAGUCAUCUAUCCUCAACUCAAGGAUUUAGUGUCAGAACUUCUUGAUCAGGCUCAGUUCGUCAAAAAGCAUGGUUCUCUCCUCGAUUUGGUUACCACUGGUUUCAAAGAAGAUAUGAUGAGAGUCCUAUUCCAGUUCUUCGAUCCUGAACAUCAUUGCUUCACAUUCCCCGAUUAUCAGUUGGUGCCCACAUUAGAAGAAUUUUCCCAGCUGCUUGGGAUACCUAUUCUUGAUCAAAUGCCUUUCAGUGGUUUAGAAAAGAUUCCGAGGUCCGAAAAAGUUGCCGCAGCUUUGCACAUGACAAAGUCAGAUAUUGAAGCUAAUUGGGUAACAAGAAGUGGAGUUAAGGGUUUACUUGCCAAAUUUCUGAUGAAUAAGGCCCGAGAAUUCUUAAAAGUCAUGAAUGUCCAUGCUUUCGAGGAGAUUCUAGCAUUACUAAUCUAUGGUUUGGUGUUAUUCCCUAAUCCAGAUCAAUUCAUAGAUAUGAAUGCUAUUCAGAUAUUUCUCGCUCGUAACCCUGUGCCUACCUUGCUCGGCGACAUUCUGCAUUCCCUUCACACUCGUACUAUGAAGAGGCAAGGGACUCUCAUGUGCUGCAUACCUUUAUUAUCCAGGUGGUUUAUUUCGCACCUUCCUCAGUCAGUCUUGAAGAAUGAGCAAAGUUUGAGAUGGUCUCAAAGGAUAAUGUCGCUCUCCCACUCAGACAUCCGUUGGUGUCCUCAUUUCAAAGAAAACAAUAUCAUCAUUGACCGUUGUGGAGAAUUCCCUAAUGUACCACUCAUGGGGAUAAGAGGAGGUAUUACUUAUAAUCCUGCUUUAGCCCUACGUCAGUUUGGUUGUGCUCGAAGAGAUGGUCCACAUGAAAUAAUUAUACAAGGCACGGUGUUUGACUAUGAUAACGAUUCCCAAGGUCUCCGUCAAAGAUUUGUGCGAGCUUGGGGCAUGGUGAAAAGAAGUACUUUAGGACAGAAAAACUCUAUUCCUAUGGAACCUUAUCUCAGAUGGGUCCGCACAAGGGCUCGUGAACUUGUCAUGCCAUAUCUGGCAGUCAGACCACUGAUUGUUGAACCAGAAGCUGAAGGAGGUACUCCUCAGAUCGUUCCUUAUCCAGAUAUGCCUACCGAUGUUGAAGAGUUAAAGAAGUUCUGGAUCCAGUUGAGAGAGGAAAGGGAUACUUUUGAAGCCCAGUUCUGUGCUACAAGGAAGAAGGUGUUAGAGCUCACCGGCCAGCUUAAUGAGGAACGAAGACUCAAUACAUAUCUUCGCCCAAAAAGAAGCCGUCCCUGGGAGACCUAAGCUUUUAUUGUAUUUUACUUCUUAUUAUAAUGAAUAUUAAUCAAAUAUUAUUAAUAAAAGUGGCUUUCUUUUUUGGUAGUUUAUGCAAAAUUAAAUUCCAAAAGUCCUUGAAAACAUUUCAUACAUUGCAUAGCAUAACAUG